UGGAAAAUCAACAUUGACACUGCUGAAAGUUUUCUUACAUGUAUCACAUUGUUUUUUAUUUAUACGGAUUGAAUAAGAACAUUAUAUUUGCGAUUUUUUUUAAUUGUCUAUAUGAAUAGGAAAAUGCCGCCAAAAGAACCGGUAAAAAAAUCUCUCGCGCCGAUUCCACGUCCACCAAUAAGUGACUCAAGUCUUAUUUUUUUACCCGAUGAUGUUUUAGAAGGAUUCCAAGAACGACUUGAAACGGGUAUCGACUGGUCACUCGAAGCACUAGCUCGAAGGUAUCAUCGGUCAAAAUGCCUAAGAGAGCAUAUACCGACAGUACCCUUCAGUGAAGGCCUUCAGAACAGAAUUCAGAAAAGUAUCCUCAGCGGAUUUCUAGACGAAAACUCACCCAUUAGCCUUCAGGACCAAUGGGAGAUACUUUUACCCUUAACUCAAUGGGAUGUAAGUAAAAGUAAUGAAGAAGGGAAGGUUUGCUUCCGCAGUGUCAACUGUAUCACCGAUAAUGUUGAGAAACUUAUAGAGAGAGCAGUGAAAGCUGUGGAUCGUGCCCUUUUGAUGAAAGACUUGAAGGAGGUUCCGAUGCUGAGAAUUUUAGACUCAAAGAUAACCGACUUAGACAGCAGCCUCUCCGAAUUCACCAAACUGGUAACAUUGAAUCUGUGCGGCAAUUACAUCGGUGACAUCGACACCACCUUCCUUCCUCGAGGGCUGAAACUACUCGAGCUCCAAGCUAAUCGGAUAUCGAGAACUGAAACGUUCGCGGAACACUUGCCGCCAACCUUGCUGUAUUUGGGCUUGGCUAAAAAUUUAUUGACAAACGAAAGUCUUCAAGGAUUACCAAGACUGCCACGCAUUAUCACAACUUUGGAUUUGUCUGAUAACGACAUCUGUAAUCUUCAAACGGUACUAAAUGGCCUGGGUUCGCUGCCGUAUCUCACGGCAUUAUCGCUCGCCGGCAACCCGUGUUCAGUAUGUUUGGGCUACAGCUCCAUAAUUGCCUUGAGACUACCGAAACUACAAUGGCUAGACUCUCGAGAGAUCCUACCCACGGAUAGACCCGACGGUGAUUUCUGGGAACCACACCCUGAUGACUACCGAUCCAAUUACUUCAACUUUACUGUACUGCGAAUCAUGUCUAUACCUCAGCCACCGAAACCUGAUAAGGGCGUCACGACGACGUUCCACGUGGAACUAGAGCUGCCGCUCUUGGACUCAAAGAGAAGGAAUUUCCUGAUGUUCAGACGCAACGAAUCUUUGAGAGAAAUGCUGCCGCAGCCUGAAGGCGAUUCCGAGGUGAUAUCGGCAGUUAAAACGCGUCUGUCGUCGAUUGCCGUGCCCAGUAUAGCAGAAAUAGGCGUUGAAACCAGUUCACAUGAAUCCAACAUCUACGCCCGCCUGGUACCCAAAGAGUCCCGAGAAAUCCUGAACUACACCGUCUUUGAGAGCAACAAAUUGCAGUGGAACAAGAUGAUGAAUUUCCAAGAGCCGACCGUCAGGAUCUUCUGUCCGGAUCUAGUUGCUCUGAGGGACACCUUUCAGACUGUGGUCACUAUAAGACUGGUGUAUACAUUGGUAAUAGGGAAACCAGCUAAACCAGAAAAGGGCCAUAAAAGUACUUCAACGAUCCAUAAGCUACCGCCAGGCGAAUCCCGAGUAGUCCUCGCCACCAUACGCUGCGCCUUGAAGAACCCGGACUGGAGCCAGCGCUCCCAGCACUUUCAUUGGGACGACACGCUCGGCACCAAUGAUGCGAUACAUUGGGGCGAUGGGGACCUUUCCAUUCUCCAGUAUUCCAACACUCCGGUAAAAUCCGUAAAAGGAAAACCAGAAUCAGACCUGUCCAAGCUGACGAUUCCUGAUAAUCUGACGUGCCAGUUCAGCUUCGGAAUUGAUGCCAUCCGGUUCUAAAAAACGAGGAAGCAAACCUUAUAAAAUAAACCGUUGACAAUUCAA